AGAGAGACACAGACAAGACACUUCCGCUGCAUGGCAUGGGCGGCUCAUGCAGCGUCCUGGGCACUGCCGAGUGCCGACGCUGCAUCAACGCAGAUGGGGGACCGCCGGCGGUGAACGCCAGGCUCCUGGAGGCAGCCAGACAGGGCGACAUGGAGGCCAUGGAGAGAUCCGUGACAGAGGGAGCCAGCGUGAACGCUGUCGACACCCACGGUUGGAGUGCUCUUCACUACACAGCCGCAGCUGGACAGCUGGAGGUUUGCAAAUUCCUCCUGCACCACAGCAGCGAUGUGAACAGCACGUUGAAUGAUUUCUCCACUCCGCUGAUGCUUGCAGUGGAGGAGGGCCACCUGAACGUGGCGAAGCUGCUGCUGAGCAACGGGGCCAUGCCCUGGUGCAAGGAUGAGACAGGUUUCACAGCCAAGGAUCGCUGCGACAAGAGCAUCCAGACCGACGUGGCUCAGCUGCUCUCGCAAGACCGCAUCAAUGCCGUGAAAGUCUGAGAGCGGAGAUGCACCGAGCACCAAAACUCGGGGCUCGUUUCACCUGCCAAUGACCCAAGAGUCAGGGAGCCGCCUCCAUUGGGCGAUCGCGCCCAUGUCCCUGCCAAAGCUGCAGCUUCAGCUGGCCAUGGCAACGGAUUGACAGCAACAAAGCAACACGUCA